AUGUCUCGCACAGGGUUGUUCCUGGCCCUGGCGGUCCUCUUCCACCUUAUCUAUACCUACUCGAUCUUCGACAUUUACUUCGUCAGUCCAAUUGUCAGUGGCAUGCGAGAAUAUGGCGUCGAACGCAGCCCCCAUGCAAAAGCACCCGCCAAACGCCUCGUCCUCUUCGUCGGUGACGGCCUUCGCGCAGACAAGGCAUUCCAAUACUUCCCGGACCCGUCCCCGCCGAAGACGGGCUGUUCAAAGGACAGCGAGGACAAAAUAACCUGCCCAGAACCCGAUUUGACCCCCAAACCCCUUGCGCCGUUCCUUCGUUCACGCGUCCUAGAACAUGGCACUUUCGGCGUAUCGCAUACUCGAGUACCAACAGAGUCAAGGCCAGGCCAUGUUGCUUUGAUUGCGGGUCUAUAUGAGGAUGUUUCGGCUGUGACGACGGGAUGGAAGUUGAAUCCAGUCAAUUUUGAUAGCGUAUUCAACCGAAGCAGACAUACCUGGAGCUGGGGAAGUCCCGAUAUCUUGCCUAUGUUCAAAGAGGGCGCUGUUCCUGGUCGAGUUUCUGCUGAUAUGUAUAGCGAAGAAGCGGAGGAUUUUACUCGAGAUGCUACAUUUUUGGAUAUCUGGGUAUUUGACCGUGUUAAAGAACUGUUUGCAGCCGCAAAGGAGGACAAAAAGCUCGAUGCACAGCUAAGGGAUGACAAGGUUGUGUUCUUUUUACACCUUCUCGGAUUAGACACGACCGGACAUUUCUACCGUCCAUACUCAAAGGAGUACCUGCAUAAUAUUCAAGUUGUCGACAAGGGCGUUCGCGAGAUUACAGAGUUGAUAGAGGAUUUCUAUGGAGAUGAGGAUACGGCCUUUGUCUUUACCGCUGAUCACGGCAUGAGUGAUUGGGGUAGCCAUGGAGACGGACAUCCGGAUAAUACCCGUACGCCCCUUAUUGCCUGGGGUUCUGGGGUAGCUAAACCAGUGAAAUCUAAGAAAGGGGCUGUCGCACCUGGGCAUGAGGAUGGCUUCUCCUCAGAUUGGCAUCUGGAUGAUAUCAAACGACACGACGUUGCCCAGGCCGAUGUGGCUGCUCUCAUGGCUUACCUGGUUGGCCUAGACUUCCCUGUAAACUCUGUUGGUGAACUCCCACUCUCCUACCUCGAUGCUACUCCAAAGGAAAAGGCCAAAGCUGCGUUGGCCAAUACCCAGGGUGUUCUUGAAAUGUACCGUGUCAAGGAGGAACAAAAGAAAGCUACCACUAUCAAGUAUCAGGGGUAUUCAUCUUUCACGCAGCCACAGCGUUCACCUGAGGCUCAAUUAGCUGCCAUUCGCAAGUUGAUCUCCACCCGCAAAUACGAGGAAUCCAUCCUUCAAUCUAGAAGACUCUUCCAGGAUGCUUUGGAAGGGUUACGUUACCUGCAGACGUAUGACUGGCUGUUCCUCCGUGCCAUCGUAACAGCGGGAUACCUAGGUUGGAUCGCGUAUGCAUUAGUCACUGUGAUAGACCUGCAUGUCCUGCCAUCAUCUACGGAACCCGACCGAUCUAUCCCUAGUUUCAUGUUUUUUUCGUCUGUGCUCAUGGUCCUGUACUCGCUUCUAUGGAUCCAGCAGUCAACAUGGCGGUAUUAUGCAUAUGCGUUUUUCCCGGUCUUCUUCUGGGAGGAAGUGUUUGCUCGCCGAGCAGCUCUUGGUGCUGGGCGAAGGAUACUCCUCGGCCACGUGAAGUCCUUCACGGGCUAUGUCAUGUUACUAUUGCAAGCCAUAUUAUAUAUCGGAGUUUUACAAGGGCUUGUCCAAUCAUACUUCACUCGAGAGAUAUACACAGUCUGCUACCUGCUAGCUUCUAUAUGGCCAGCCCUCUACGGACUCGAUUUUUUGAGCAAAAAUAAGUUGCUUUCAGCAGGAUGGGCCGUCAGCUGUAUCUUUAUGAGCAACUUCACCCUUUUGCCUGUCGGGAAACAGGAUGAUGUAGAUACGGUGACAUGCGGAGGCAUUCUUAUGUUUGCUAUUGGAAUGCUCUACUUGAUAUUCGAAGAAUCUAUGCUGUCAUCAUCGAAAGUGAAGACAUCAUCAGGAAGCACCUUUAAUAUAGGUUCACGUAUUGUGAUGGGAGCCCAGAUUGGACUUAUCCUCCUUUCCAUCAUCGUUACCCGCUCAAGCAUUACAUCGCUCCAGGCGAGAUCGGGGCUGCCUUUUGGUAACCAAGUCACUGGCUGGAUUGCAAUGGUAUCAUCUUUCCUUCUGCCGAUGCUGCACAAGUUCUUCCCGACGGGACACUACUUCCACCGCCUGAUUGUCUUGUUCCUCUCCUUUUCGCCCACCUUCAUCGUCCUUACAGUCUCCUACGAAGGUCUAUUUUACGUUGUGUACUUUGCAACUCUCGUCAGCUGGGUCCGACUCGAGUACAGUAUCUACAAGCAUACUCAACCAUCAAUGCCCGCUAAACCAAUGCUGUCCCGAGAAGAUACCCCUAAACCCACCCCUCCAGAGCCCAAGCCAGACACCUCAACCACUAUCACUUCUACCUACCGCCCCCUUAACAUCUCCGACGCCCGCAUUGCCCUCUUCUUCCUCUUUCUUCUUCAAUCGGGAUUCUUCAGCACGGGUAACAUUGCCAGCGUCUCCUCCUUUUCCCUCGACAGCGUCUCACGCCUUAUACCCGUCUUCAACCCUUUCGCUCAGGCUGCACUACUGAUCCUCAAAAUCCUCGUCCCCUUCGCCCUGUUGAGUGCUACCUUUGGCAUUCUCAACCGCAGACUACACGUUGCUCCGUCAGCGCUCUUUAUGAUUGUGAUGUGCAUCAGCGAUGUGAUGACGAUGAACUUCUUCUUCAUGGUGCGUGAUGAAGGGAGCUGGCUGGAUAUUGGCACUACGAUCAGUCACUUCUGCAUAUCGAGUGCGCUCUGUAUAUUUGUGGCGCUGAUCGAGUCCCUGAGCGGCGUGUUCAUUUCUGGCAUCGAGUUUGAUGACUCUCGAAGCCAGCUUGACUUGGAAGGCGAAAAGGAAAAGAACGUUUUCAAGUAG